AUGGCCACGCAGCCGAACCACCUUCUCUCUCCUAUUCGUCCAAUCCUCUGCUCUUCGAAGGCCAAGAGACAACGAAAACGAUGGCGAAUCCAAGAGAACAAAAGCACGCUUUCUUUCCCAAAACCCAGACCCACCCCACUUCUCAUCAAUCACGAACCUUACACCCAAACGAAAUCUCAAGCACUAGAAGAAGUUUUGAGGGACCUUGAAUCAUCUGUAGAGAAAGGCAUAAAGAUCGAUGUUGAAAUCUACGCUUCUUUGCUUGAAACUUGCUAUCAUUUGCAAGCCAUUGAUCAUGGAAUACGGGUUCACCGCCUCAUUCCCAGUUGGCUUUUGCGUAGAAACGUCGGUAUCUCAUCGAAGCUGCUUAGGCUGUAUGCUUCAUAUGGGUAUAUGGAGGAAGCACACGAUGUGUUUGAUCAAAUGUCUAAGAGAAAUGAAUCUGCAUUUCCUUGGAACUCACUUAUCUCGGGAUAUGCUGAAGUGGGUCUUUACGAUGAUGCCAUGGCACUCUAUUUUCAGAUGGUAGAAGAGGAUGUUCAACCUGACUUGUUCACAUUUCCUCGAGUUCUUAAAGCUUGUGGGGGAAUUGGGUCUAUUCAAGUGGGUGAGGAAGUGCAUAGGCAUGUGGUUCGUUUUGGACUUUUAAAUGAUAGGUUUGUGCUAAAUGCAUUAGUUGAUAUGUAUGCUAAGUGUGGUGACAUCGUGAAGGCUAGAAAGAUUUUUGAAAAGAUGCCUCAUAGAGAUUCUGUAUCAUGGAACUCAAUGCUCACAGCUUAUAUACAUCACGGCUUAGAGGUUGAGGCCAUCAACACAUUCAAGCAGAUACUUUUAGAAGGAUAUGGGCCUGAUUCAGUAGCUAUAUCAACAAUUCUUACUGGUGUGCUAUCACUGGAUGUUGGGGUUCAAGUUCAUGGAUGGGUGAUUCGGCAAGGAAUCGAAUGGAACUUGUCAGUUGCUAAUUCAUUGAUCAUAAUGUACUCAAAUCAUGGCAAGUUGAAUCGAGCUCGUUGGAUAUUUGAUCAAAUGCCUGAAAGGGACGUUGUUUCAUGGAAUUCUAUAAUAUCAGCUCAUUGCAAACACAAAGAAGCUCUUGAAUAUUUUUUGCAUAUGGAGGAAACUGGUGCAAGACCUGAUAAAAUAACAUUUGUUUCAGUAUUGUCUGCUUGUUCCCAUUUAAGUUUAGUGAAGGAAGGAGAGAGGCUAUUUUCUUCGAUGAGUGAAAAAUAUAGAAUAAAACCAAUAAUGGAACAUUAUAGUUGUAUGGUUAACCUCUAUGGAAGAGCAGGGCUAAUUGAAGAGGCUUAUAGCUUCAUAGUUGACAGAAUAGAGUUGGAGGCUGGUCCAACCGUUUGGGGAGCUUUGUUGUAUGCCUGUUCUGUUCAUGGAAAUGUAACUAUUGGAGAGAUUGCUGCUAACAGGCUCUUUGAUUUGGAGCCAGAUAAUGAGCAUAAUUUUGAGCUUCUUAUGAAGAUCUAUGAAAAUGCAGGUAGAUCAGAGGACUUGGAGAGAAUAAGAACGAUGAUGAUUGACAGAGGAUUGGAUCAUUAAACUGUUUACAUUACCAGAGAUCACAAGUCUACGAAUCGUACUUGAGAUUUUGUUUUGGAGAGAAGUUGGGUACAAUACAAUUUUUAGUGUUUAUUCUCAGUUUCUUCAAUAGGAUUAUGAAUAAGUUGUUUAAAAUGUUCACGUGUUAUUAUGUUUUACUUUCAAGCCUUAUCCCUGGAGAGUUUCAUCAAAGUGCUGUUCUUUUGUAUUUUCUGACGAUUCGAUGUUGACAUUGUAGAUAGAAAUUAUCAUGUCCUCUACUUUGUGAUUUUGCAGAACCAGAUGUAUCUUCACAUGUAACUGCUAUGUUUUGCAUUCUGGCAUUUGUUAUAAACUUAUAAUGACAAAAGAAAGUUGUCAU